CAAAACUCCGCAGUGAGGUAGCGAGAGAUUUUCUCGAGGGUGUCGAAUUGCGCCUGUGUGGUGUCACGGGGUAUAGAAGGUGUCGAAGGCGCGCAUAGACAGCUGCAUGGACCAGAUCCAGUUCCACUUGCGACUUCACUAAGUCUUCGCCGCACCGAUACUGCUGUGCGAAGGCGUGUCGAACGAUAGACAAUUUUGGGAGUGCAGUCGAUUAUAUAUUAAGGCGGUGCUGAAUAAAUUGGCUGGACACACAGAUGACCAGUUAAGAACCCCGAUCCUCCUAGGCUAAAAUCCGCGUCAGCUCCAUGACCGAUCGUUCUUUGCUUCGCCUUCGAGAGCUAGAUCAUCAGUUUCGAAUCCCGAUCCUCGCAGACCCGAAUUCCGAGACCUCUAUGGUCGUUCUUGUUUGAGCUGCGAUCCGUAGCGAGCAAACGAUCUAGCAUAUUUGUGGAUAUUUGAACAGCGUGGAACGCUGGGGAGAAUGGGUGGUGAAUCAAGUAAUUCCAGCAUCGAAAGUGUGGUGGAUAUGCCGACGGGAACCGAGACAGAGUUGCUUAGGAUUAGCGGAGCACAGCUAUUUCUCCUGGAUGGCGAGGAGAGUGUUCGCAUGGGAGUGGGGAACUUUGCUCUCAUGAUGACGGUGCAGGCUCAGACUCCUCUGGCAGCAAUGGUAGCUCAGGUUGCAGAUGUUCAGUGGCCCGUGGGCAAGGAUGGACCGGUUCUCAAACUUGCUAAUUACCGAUACACAUUUUCGAUCCCAGGCCUUCUCUACGGUGUCAUCUUGCCGAAGGACGUAUCCAAGGAGCUGAUACAGAAGUUUGAAUCUCUUAUGCAGCAGUAUUGCACCUUCGAAGUGCGCCCCGAUAUUCUUAAAGCGGCAGAAAUACGCAAUUUGCGGCUCCGUCAUCCUCCCGCACCGAACGAUGUCGCAGCGAUCGAUGGAGAGCAAUUCUGGAGCAACAUCGCCGAGGACGUGGAACAGUACAGUAAAAGGUUAGCGCAGCAUAUCAAGAAUGGGUCCACCAUCGCCGUGAGCGGGAUAGCUUUAGGCGGGGAGUGGGCAACGUGGGGAAUUGAGCAAGGCGGGCUGCGAGCCAAGAGCAAGUUCACGAAAACUAGUGCAGCAGGAGCGAAAGGCGACGGAGGAGAUAUGAGUCCGCGGAUGCGCAGCCGCGUCGCGCAGGCGCGACGCAUGUCCGCCGUGGCCAAGUUGUUGUCGCGGACGGUGCUCAAGGGAGCCAUCAGCGCCACGGGUCACGUGGCCAACACGCUGGGAACCGCGAUCGGCAGCUCGGCGCCGUUCCGAGCAGUGCUGAACUCCGAUGGCGGCCGGGAGGUGGCCGUGGCCAGCGUGGAUGCGUUCGCCAAAGUGGCCGAGGCCGUCGAGACUGCGGGCAAGUCGCUGGCCUCGGCCACGCUCUCGGUGGGCACGGAUCUGGUGCACCAUAGAUACGGAGAGCAAGCGGGGCAAGUCGUGCAGGAAGGAAUGGUGGUCGUCGGCGACAUGAUAAAUUCCAUGUGGACUCUCAAUAAAAUCGGCCUGCGGAUGUUGUGGGGCGCCACGGCGUCGUCGCUGGUUCUCAAUGCCUCUCGCUCUCGGGGCCCCCUGUCGCCCUCGAUUUCGUCCGAAACGAGCACUCCGGGCCUGAGCUCCCCGUCCCUCUCCGGAGGCUCCUCGUUGUCUCGACAAUGUUCCGUGUCCCCCUCCCGACUGCACCCCCGGGACGACGUCGAGCCUUCGUCUGCGGCCGCGGCUCGAAACGAGCCCGUGCUCGAGACUGCGCAGCUCUUCCCCAGCACUUCGGCCCCGGACCUGGCGCGCUCCCACGCCUACCCCUCGUCGACGUCGCCAAAUCACUACAUGUACAUGCCACACCAACAAUCCGUCUCCAUGGCUCCGGCCUACGCCGCGUACUACCAUCCGACGCCCGUCAAUCCCACCAGCCACUUCCAACACUACUCGAGGCCUUCUGGGCCUCCGAAAACUCAACCUUUUUUCCCCUACUCGGGAGUGGACCCGUCCGUCGGCCGAUGAGCGCCUUGAAAUCUGUUUCCCGCAAUAAGCAUCCGCUCGCCCCCCACAUUUCACUUAGAUAGAUUACAGGAGUGUCGCAUCCACAAGCCGCAGUGAUCAGUCACAACUAGGAGGAACUCGAUUCACAGGUAUUUUCAAUUGAUGAUAUUCGGAGAGUUUUGUGUACACGCGGAGGGAGGGAUACCAUGUGCACAGGAAUUAGUGCUGCGAGAACUCUACGGGAGCAAUCCAUUGUUCCACUGUCUCCUCGACCUGAUCUGAUAGCCCUAGUGUGUAUAGUAGGCCUAGCAAGCAAACUUUGUAAACAGAAGCAUCCAGAUUUGAGUUUCAUACAAUUCAGACUGGCAUUUAGUGUAUCAUGAUUUACCCAUUUCAGUCGUUCCCAGGGCUUGCAAAUAGUUUGGAAUUGUUGUUACUUCAGUGUAACUCAUCCCAUCAAUUGACUUUUCGAUCACUUUGGAAAGAUUCUGCUGGCGAUCUAUGUAGUUGAUUGUUAUCGAAGGAUGCUGGCUUGAGGUGUAGUAUUUAUUGCUACUUGGAUUUAUCAUGAUAGCGUUCUGAAUGUGCACUGGAGUGGUGAUGAUCUAGGCGUACAUCUGAAUAUCUCGUGUUGAAGCAGGCAUUUGAGCCAGUUUGCGCUCGCAAUUCAAAUGGUUGCAAUUUAGCAAACGUACUGUUGUUCUCGA